AUGUCGAAUUUAGACGAUUCAAAAUCGUUGGCGGACCUUGUGUCGCAGAACAAGAAGUCCAAAGUGAGAAAAGUCAUUCUUUCGGACUCUGAUGACGACCUUCCGUUAGCUAUGAUCAACACACAAGCAAGCGAGACGUCUUUGUCCUCUGAGGACGAGAAAGCGAAGCAAGUGAAGAAAAGAACCAAGAAGGAGUCUGGUGGGUUGCCCAACAAAAAGGCGAAAACUGCGGUUAGUAAAACCGAGCCAAAGACAAAGGUGAAGAAGGAGACCACAAAGACUGCCGUCAAGGCCGUCAAGGCUAUCAAAGCAACCAAAGCAACCAAAGCAACAAAACCGACUGUAAAAGCUGCGAAACACAUCCAGAAAAUCAAAGAUGAGUCCAAAGAACAAACUGCGGAACCCAAGGACACCUCCGAAGAAAAAGAGGAGGAAGAGGAGAACAGAUGGUGGGAAGACGAAGACAUGAAUGGAGAGAUCAAAUGGGACAGCUUGGUUCACAACGGAGUUAUUUUCCCUCCUCCAUAUGAGCCUUUACCCUCCAAUGUGAAGCUGAUCUACGAUGGGAAACCGGUUACACUGCCUAUAGAGGCCGAAGAGGUGGCUGGAUUCUUUGGGGCCAUGUUGGAGACAGACCAUGCAAAGAACCCUGUUUUUCAAAAGAACUUUUUCCAUGACUUCUUGAAGGUGCUAGAGGAAGCCGGCGGCUGCAAGGAUGCAGAUAUCAAGGACUUUGAUCUGUGUGAUUUCAGCGACAUGUAUGCAUACUUCGAGAAGAAGCGCGAAGAGAAGAAGAGCAUUUCGCCUGCGGAAAAGAAGCUGAUAAAGAAGGAGAAGGAUGAGGCCGAAGAAAAGUUCAAGACUUGCUAUUUGAACGGCAGAAAGGAACCUGUAGGAAAUUUCAGGAUUGAACCACCGGGAUUAUUCAGAGGACGUGGUGCUCACCCCAAGACUGGAAAGUUGAAGAAGAGAGUGAUGCCCGAGGAAAUUGUUUUGAAUCUCAGUGCCGAUGCACCCGUUCCUCCACCACCUGAAGGAAGGAAUUGGGCCGAGGUCAGGCACGAUAACAAGGUUGCGUGGUUAGCCAUGUGGCGAGAAAACAUCAGCAACAGUGUGAAGUAUGUGAGAUUUGGAAACAGUUCUUCGCUGAAGGGAAUUAGUGACUUCAAGAAGUUCGAGAAGGCGAGAGAGCUCAAAAACCACGUGGCAGCCAUCAGAGCUGAUUACAACAAAAAGCUAAAGUCGGAGCUUAUGCUGGAGAGACAGAUGGCUGUGGCCACCUAUUUAAUUGAUGUUUUCGCACUCAGAGCUGGUGGUGAGAAGUCCGAUGAAGAGGCGGACACUGUGGGAUGUUGUUCUUUGAGAUUUGAACAUGUUUUUCUGAAGCCUCCAAAUGUUGUUGUUUUUGACUUUUUGGGUAAAGAUUCCAUCAGAUUCUACCAGGAGGUCGAAGUCGACAAGCAGGUGUUCAAGAACUUGAAGAUCUUCAAGAAGCCCCCAAAGCAACCAGGUCAUGAUCUGUUCGAUAGACUAGAUCCAAGUAUCCUGAACAAACAUUUCCAGAAUUACAUGCCUGGUCUGACAGCGAAGGUAUUUCGUACUUACAAUGCCUCGAAGACCAUGCAAGACCAACUGGACUUGAUUCCAAACGAAGGUACCGUCAACGAAAAGGUUGUGAGGUUCAACGCUGCCAAUCGUGAAGUUGCCAUUCUUUGUAACCAUCAACGUACCGUGAGUAAAAACCACGAGACGGGUGUUGCCAAGAUGAAUGACAAGAUCAAGGAGAUGAUCUGGCAGAGGAUCAGGGCUAAGAAAAUGUUGUUGAAGCUUGACGCCAAGUUGAAGAAGAAGGAUCCUGCGUAUUUUCAGGAAAUUGACGAUCUCUCCAAGGAAGACGAGGGAGCUCUUCAAAAACAAUUUUUGGAGCGCGAAACUGAAAGAAUCACGAAGAAGUUUGCUAAGGACAACGAGAAGUUGAAGCUGGAGAACGAAGCAGUCUUGCCCGAGUCCGAACUAAAGGAAAGACUAGAAAAAGUCAAGGAGUUGCAGAAGGAAUUUUCCAAGGAGUUGUCUUCAGGCAAGCCUGAGGUUAAGGCAAACAUGACCGUCGAGAAGUUGCAGGCUUUGAUUGAGAAGCUAAACGUUAGAAUUACCAACGCUACAUUGCAACUGAAAGAUAAAGAGGAUAAUUCCUCGGUCGCCCUGGGGACAUCAAAGAUGAACUACAUUGAUCCCAGAUUGACCGUGAUGUUCUCCAAGAAGUACGAUGUACCAAUAGAGAAAUUGUUCACAAAAACUUUGAGAGAGAAGUUCAAGUGGGCGAUUGAGUCUGCUGAUGCCAACUGGAGAUUCUGA